UACAGCUUUGACAGUUGGGUUUUUCGUGAAUAGUUGAAAAGGGUGAUAUGCUGAACAAAUUGAAUUAAAUGGUGAUUUGAGGUUGAUUUCCAAUAUAAAGUUAGACGACUGUUCAGCAGUGGUAAAUUUGCGGAGCGAGGGAUCGUGGCGACGUGGAACGAUUUGCAUCUUGUAGACGCUUUGUGAAGUCUACGCACAAAACUAAAGUCAUCGCAGGCAAAGCGUGCAUUUGAAAAACAAAGAUGGAUCGCAACGAUAGAGAAAGAAUACGUCAUCCGCCUGGAUUACGUGGUCGUGACAUCGGACUAUUUUACCGCAACUUAUCAAAGCGAAAGCGUCCAAGACCAGACGAGCCAACAAUUAGAUUGGGACCUUGCGUGAGUGUCCCGCAAGCUGUGCUGGCAAGGGUUGAAGAGAAACUCUAUCGUUUCGCACAAAGCUGCGAAGAUGAGAACGUGUUGAAAGACUUUGAAGCACAAUUUCGACAUUUGUUAUUCGCCGAUUUUGAGGAUUUCAUUGUUACUUCAAAGUCAUCCAGUUAUGAGCUGCUGGAUAAUGAAUUUCAAAAUCAACGUUACAAAUCCGAUGCUUUGUUAAAGGAACGUGAUCCACAGUUUCAGAGACGAUACGAGCAACGUAUGAAUUUGCCGGCAAUGAAGCAACAUGAUCGUAUAUUAGAAGCGAUUAAAGAAAAUCAAGUAUUACUAAUUGUUGGUAGUACGGGUUGUGGUAAGACAACACAAGUGCCACAGCUCAUUUUGGAUGAUUACAUCUUCAAUAAUCGUGGCUCACAGUGUCAUGUAGUAUGUACACAACCGCGUCGUAUUUCGGCAGUAACGGUUGCUGAGCGUGUAGCUUAUGAAAGGUGUGAGCAUUUGGGUACAUCGGUGGGCUAUCAAAUUCGUUUGGAAAGUGAAAUGCCGCGAGAUAUUGGGUCCAUUUUGUAUUGCACCACAGGCGUGCUUCUGCAAAAGUUGCAAUCAGAUCCAUUGAUGAAUGCCGUAAGCAUUGUUAUCAUAGACGAGAUACACGAACGCAGUGUAGAGACUGAUUUGCUAAUGGCUUUAUUGAAAAUCAUAUUGCCACAUCGACCAAAUCUGAAAAUUAUUUUAAUGAGUGCUACUGUGUCGGAGGAAGAAUUUAGCGCUUAUUUCAACAAUUGUUAUACGAUAAACAUUGAAGGCACAAUGUUUCCGGUUAAGGUGAACUACCUGGAAGAUAUUAUACAAGAGACCGGUUUCACACGUUUUCAUAAUAAUCCGCACGAGUGCACCAAAAAUAAGGCACGACAUCGCUCCAAGCAAUCUAACCGCCAGAGCACUAAUAAUUUGGAGUAUUCAGCAAUGAUCGAGCCAUAUCUGCGGCAGAUUAAAGACAAGUACGAUAAUCAGGUACUGCAGUCAUUACGUUGUACCGACUCGGAAGGUUGCGAAAAUCUACAAUUUUUAGAGCAUUUAAUUUUCUAUAUUUGUGAUACAAAGCCACCGGGGGCGAUUUUGGUUUUCUUGCCGGGUUACGAUAACAUUUCUAAACUUAAUUCUGUACUACUAAAUCCCACUUUACCGAUUGGCCAGCGUUACGCACGUAAGAUACAAGUGUAUCCAUUACAUUCAAUGAUGCCUACCGUGUUUCAAAAGAAUGUUUUUCAAUCACCGCCACCUGGCAUUCGUAAGGUUAUACUCUCAACUACAGUAGCAGAAACUUCGGUCACAAUUGAUGAUGUUGUCUAUGUGAUCAAUAGUGGACGCAUGAAGACGAAUAAUUAUAAUGUGGAAGCCAAUUUGCAAACGCUUGAAGAAGCUUGGGUUACAAAAGCCAAUACGAAACAACGCAAAGGACGUGCUGGUCGUGUGCAACCUGGUAUCUGUUAUAAUCUCUUUAGUCGCGCUCGUGAAAAGACAAUGCUCGACCAAAUAGUGCCCGAAAUAUUGCGUAGUAAACUGGAAUCUACCAUAUUAAAUAUGAAAAUGUUGCACGUGAAAGAUGUAGGCUAUUUUUUUAAUACACUUAUUUCGCCACCUAACCAACAAGCUGUCACAAAUGGCAUAAAUUUACUAAAACGUAUCAAUGCGCUAGACGUGGAAGGUACAUUAACGCCUUUGGGCAUGCAUUUGGCACGUUUGCCGGUUGAUCCGCCAAUUGGUAAAAUGCUUGUGAUGGGCGCACUCUUUCGUUGUUUGGAUCCUAUCACUUCAGUGGCAGCGGGAUUGUCAUUUAAGUCGCCAUUUUAUACGCCACUCGGCAAAGAGAGAGAAGUUGAUCGUGUCAAGCGUCAUCUCUCGGCCAAUCAGAGAAGUGAUCAUUUGUUGAUCGACAAUGUUGUACUCACUUAUCGUGAAUCGCUUGAGGAUAGUUCUGAGCGAGAUUUUUGCUACAAAAACUUUUUAAAUAUUGGCAUACUACAGCAGUUGGAGGAUAUGAAACGCCAAUUUGCUAGUUUGCUUCGCGCAUCCAGCUUUACAGAUUCAAGUAAUUGCAAUGCCCAAUCUUCUAAUGAGAAUUCCAAGAAUAUUACAUUGUUACGCGCUAUAAUUGCCGCUGGUCUUUAUCCAAAUAUGGCAUUUUUGAGUAAAGUACGUCGUACAAAGAAUCACGUCAAUGCCAUACAUCAUCUUUGCACACCAGAGGAACGACGAGUCAAUUUCCAUCCAUCCUCUGUGAAUAGCCAUGAAGCUUCAUUUGAUUCUCACUAUUUUGUCUAUUUUCAAAAACAGAAGUCAUCGAGUGUUUAUAUUUUAGAUGCUACCAUGGUUUUUCCGAUGGCCCUAAUCAUAUUUGGCGAUGGCGUUGAAACAGGUUAUACUGAAAAAAAUAUAUUUUACAUUUCAGUGGCUCGCACGUACUACUUUAAAUGCGAUCCCGCCACUGCCAAAGUUGUUUUGGAACUGCGCAAACGUUUGGAAUGGCUUAUGCAAAAGCGUGCACUAAAUCCAUCACCAAUCCUGCCAAAUAGCAGCGAAGAUUACAUCAUCAAAGCAAUUCAAAUACUCUUAUCAUUGGAUGAUGUGUACGAUUAUAGCGAUCAAUAUCUCUCGUCUGAUGAAGAGCAACAAUAAUUUUUUUUGUAAAUGUAAAAGCUUGUAAAAGAGAAUGAUGUUGAGAAAAAUAUGUCUUGUAAAUGAACGAUUAUAUGUGCAUUUCUUCUGCAUACACUUGUAUAGUGUAUGCAUCAUAACAAAUAAUAAAUGAAAUAGUAAAAAAAACAGUAA